AUGAGCUCUGACCCAGGACACAAAGAGCUCCAGAGCGCUCCGCCUUCCCAUGAGGCGGAAGCCGUGGUGGUUCAUCGCGCCCGGCGCGGCGAGAAGGUCCUGUCUCAUCUCCGGGAAUAUCGUGGAUGGUACAUAGGAGCAUGCGCCUUUGCCAUCUUCCUAAUCAUCUUCCUCCCAAUCUUCUUCCUCGUCGCCAUCCCCGCCAUCAUACAGCACACCAUCGACCAAGCCACCCUCCCCAUCAGCAACGGUACCCUCGCGCCCCUCAACGCCUCGGCCGUCCGCCUCGGCUUCACGACAGAGCUCAGCACCCCGUCCGGCACCACAGUCUACCUGGAGCCCUUCACCCUAGACCUAUACAACCCUGACACCAACGGCCACCCCGCCUUCGCCAGCCUCGCCGUACCCGGGCACCGCCUCAGCGGCCGCAGCGCCAUCGAGGUGCCCGCGCAAGAUGUACAAGUUCGUGACACGGCUGAGCUGUCCAUGUUUCUCGCCAGGGCGUUCGCAGCGCCAGAGGUGACCUCCGUCGGCGCCCGGGCUGAGGGUGCCGUUGCGCGCCUGGCAGCCAGCCGGUACUCCGUGCGCCUGGACAAGCAAGUCACCCUCGCCGGGCUGCGCGGUCUUGAGGGUGUGCGCAUCAUGGAGACAGCGGCCAGGGAAGACUAUAUAGAGGAAGGAGAGGAGGAGAAGGAAAAGGCGGACCUGGGCGGCUCGCUCGAGGUGCCCAACUCGUCGCCUUUGACGGUCCGACUCGGCAAUGUCACGUACAGCGUGCUCGCCGGUGGCGUACAGAUCGGGCAGGCGCUCACGAGGGACCUGGAGCUGCAGCCAGGCAACCAGACGCUCGAGUUUGAGGCCGUGACGGACGCCGACAGCGUGAUCGCGCACCUGGAGGAGGUCCUCGGAGAGAUGGAGGACGGUGUCAUCGGGUUCACUGUUGUGGGCGAGCGGGCGACGGUGAAUGGCGAGCAUAUUCCGUACCUGGAUGCUGUCCUGACCAACGUCACUGUCGCGGGUGGACUUCCUUUCUGUGAGGCAAUGAAGAUCAUUCCUAUGGAAAAGCUGCCUCUCACGGCUAUAAGUCUGAUCGACUUCGAUCUUCUUAUGGAGUGUGAUAUUUGA